CUAUUUGAUAUUAGAGGCUAAUCAAGAUGGAAGCCAUGGAAGGAAUAGAAAGUGGAAAAGCGCCUGUGAAGCCAGAUAUUUCCGAAAAGCAGACGCUGUUAGCCGUUUUACAGUUUCUUAAGAAGCACAACUUAGCAGAAACUGAGUCUCAGUUAAAAAGAGAAGCCAAACUUACAGAUGAUGAUGUUGCAACAGAAAAUUCAGCGCCUUCUGAAUCGGAGGUUUCUCAUGCAUUGGCAGCCUACAAAAGUGAUGAUGAUCCAACAUUAUAUGGAGAUAUUUACACAGAUCUCAAGGCCUUUGUAGAUUCAAGUUUAGACGUCCAUAAGGUUGAAUUAGCUAUGGUAUUAUAUCCAGUUUUUGUACAUAUGUAUCUAGAACUUGUUUAUAAUGGACAUGAAUCAACAGCAAAAUCAUUCUUUGAGAAAUUUUCUAAAGAUCAAGAAGAUUAUCAUCAAACCGACAUCUCCAAGCUAGCUACAGUUACAAAACCCGAACAUAUGAAAGGGAAUCAGUUAAUGGAGAAUUUCAAAGCAAGUAAAUUUGUUAUUAGAAUGUCUCGUGAUUCUUACACCCAUUUAAAACGUCAUUUACAAGAUAAACAACUCAAUCUUCUACUCAACAUUAUUCAAGAACAUCUUUUUAUUGAUGUAUUUGAUGGUGUACCAAGAAAUAAACAACAGAUACAGUUAACUUGUGGUGGGAUACUUGGUGAAGCACAGAGAGAAGCUAAUAAGGCGAAGGUAUUUUAUGGCCUGUUGAAGGAACCAGAUAUAAAUGUACCUUUAGAAGAAGAAGAAGAUCCUGGUGAAGGAGAUAGCUCAGAUAAACCUAAGAAAAAGAAAUCAAAGAAAGAUCCAUUAUUAAUGAAGAAAUCUAAAAAUGACCCAAAUGCACCAGUCAUAUCUAGGAUUCCGCUUCCUGAAAUUAAAGAUAUGGAUAAAAUAGAGAAAAUAAAUAUGUUAAGAGAAAGUUCAAAGAAAGUGAAAGUAGAUAAAGAUCAUCCACCUUCCAUUUGUUUUUACACUUUCCUUAAUUCAGCUCAUGGGGUAACGUGUAUAGAUAUAUCAGAAGACGCUAGUUUAAUUAGUGCAGGCUUUGCUGAUUCAGCAAUACGUGUUCACAGUAUAGUACCUGGUAAAUUACGAUCUGUUAAAACUGGUCUUGAAUUAGAAUUAAUUGAUAAAGAUGCAGAUGAUGUCUUAGAAAGAAUGAUGGAUGACAAAACUGGUGGGGAAUUUAAACGUCUGUCUGGUCAUAGUGGUCCAGUCUACUCAACAUGUUUUAGUUCAGAUCGAACCAGUAUGAUUUCUUCUUCAGAAGAUGGAACUAUUCGGUUAUGGAGUUUACAAACAUGGAGUAAUUUGGUGUGUUUUAAGGGACAUAAUUAUCCUGUCUGGGAUGUUAAAUUCAGUCCACAUGGUCACUAUUUUGCAUCAGCUGGACAUGACAGAACAGCUAGACUGUGGUCAACAGAUCAUUAUCAACCAAUGAGAAUAUUUGCUGGACAUUUAUCGGAUGUUGAUUGUCUACAGUUUCAUCCUAAUUCUAAUUAUAUAGCCACUGGUUCUAGUGAUAGAACAGUACGAUUAUGGGAUGUAUUAAAUGGUGGCUGUGUUCGUAUUUUUACUGGUCAUAAGUCCCCUGUUCAUUGUUUAGGAAUUUCACCAGAUGGAAAAUAUCUUGCUUCUUCUGGUGUAGAUCAGAUUAUAAAUCUCUGGGAUAUAUCUACUGGUAGUCUAGUAUCACAGAUGAAAGGACAUACAGAUACAGUAUAUACCUUAGCUUUCAGUAGAGAUGGUGGUGUCUUAGCAUCAGGUGGUUUAGAUAAUACUGUUAGAACCUGGGAUAUGAAUAGAGUCAUUGAUGAAAUGGAUACAGAUGUAGAUGCCAGCAUUCCAAGCACAUUACAAGUGGUAGACAACUCUAACUUACUACUAGGGACAUAUUAUACAAAAGCUAGUCCAGUUCUAUCUCUGCAGUUCACUCGCAAAAAUUUAUUAUUAGCUGGUGGUGCAUUCGUAGCUUCAUGAAAAAGGUUAAUUCAUUAUUUAAAACAGACCAUGUAUUGUGCUGGUUAGAAAUUGUGCUGGAAAAUUGGAUGUAAGGACUAGACUGAGACCAAUUUAAAGGCAGUACUUUAUGUACUCCGUGUACUGCGAUUGAAGCACUGGAAUUUUGUGCUUAGAUCACCAUUCUGUAAUAACUAGGUAGCUAGGAACACUUACACAUUUGGUACAUGAUCUAUAUUUGAAGGUUGGUACACAUGCGACCACUUGAUUGCAACAUUGCCCAGGUGUUAAAAGAGAGAGAGAAAUGAUGUUUUAACGUCCACUCGACACAAACUAGGUCACUUCGGGACUAACAACACAUGGUUCAAUUCUAUUUCAAUAAUUCGCUUGCACGUUCAGGUGUUAAAACAAGUUGAGAAACAAGAGGCUUAUCUGUACGAGAAAUAUUGUUAAAGAAGAUGUUUAUCUGUAAGAGAAUUAACACUACAUGUAUAAGCAUUAAAUGGUCAAGAGUGACUCAUUGAAAAUAUCAUAGUUCAUGAAAAAUCAACAUGUCAUCAUCAUGGUCUCCAUCUUAAUCAAAUCAUCACUUUGUUAUCUCCAUCUUCAUCACCCAAUUAUCAUGAUUAUUAAAGAUUUGUUAUAAAUUUUGUAUAUUGUUAAUAAAAUGAUUUUUAACUGUAA